UGCCAUUGUCCCCCAACACACCAACCCCCAAGUAGUGGUGCAUUUCGCCUCAGCCAUGGACAUCGACGAUAUCCUCGCCUCCGUCGACCGCUCUGAUGUCUCUAGCCCAGAGUCCACGGCUCUCGACCACCAACUCCUCACGCGCUUCUGGGUCGCGGAGCGCACCGCCCCCGAGCUCCUACCCUGGCCAGCGCGCCUCAUGGACCGAAUGAUGGAACGCGUACGGCAGCAGAUUGAAACAAUCGAAGACCUCGCGGCCGCCUCCUCAGAUCCAGUCGCCUCCGCAAGUAACGCAACCGCAACAGCAACACUCACCCUCUCAAUCCUCCAAACCGACCUCUCCCGCACCCAAUACCUCCUGCGUUCCCUCCUGCGCCAACGGCUCUCAAAACUCACAAAACACAGCAUGUACUACCUCCUCCUCUCGUCCUCCUCACCAGCACCAGUCCCGCCCCCCGCCUCAGGCUCCACGGAAGCAAAACUCCAACAACCCGAGGACUCAGUCCCCGUACCAGACCCCGAAUCCCUCCCUUCAAAGUCGCCGCUGUCGCCCUCAGAAGCGAACUUUAUAUACACACAUCAGACUCUCCUAGCGCGGCACUUUGGGUCGAGCUUCCUCUCCUCGUUUCCGCCGCAGUUGAGACGGCUGGAUGAUAAUGCAGGCGGGACGAGUAUGGUUCAGGGACCGGAUGCUCGGGAGGCCCUGUUUGUGAGAUGUCUUGCGGAGGAGGUGCUUAUUGUUGCGCCGCCUGGGGAUGGGGUUGAUGAGGAGGUUAGUGCGGCGACGAUGAGGAUGGGUGAUGUCUGGGUUGUUCGGUGGGAGGGGAUUAAGAAGGCCUGGGAGAGGGGGGAUGUGGAGGUUUUAUGAUUGAUAUGCCACUUUUUAUGAUCCUGUCCUUGAUUAAUCUCUAGAGUUGGUUUUGUGACAGUUUGCGUAGGUGUAGGUUGCAUAUGCGGCGUUGAUAUUGCGAUUUGUUUUUAGAAAGAUACCUUGGUGGUUUAUAGAGCUACAGUGGACAUCUGUGAUUUGAAAGUUUUUUAGCAUUUUUUUAGAGAGCUGCAAUGGUUUAUUGAUAUGAAAUGGACCAAGAUCCCAAUGGCGGCUAGCAGCCAACGCCAGACCAGCACCACUAGGCCAGUCGUGAUAAUAUGAGCUGAAAGAGACUAGAAAGUAGGGCAAGCAAAGGACUGC